AUGGUGACGCAGACAGAUGAUGAAAAAUGGAUGUUGUUUCUCGUAGAACAAAAGGGAAAUUUCCAUCAUCAGAACUGUAGUUUUAGUAAUUAUUAUAACUUUUUCCCCAUUAUUUUUCAGGAGGCAGCUGCAAAGCAGUUAAAACUUGAUAAUAUGUAUGAUAUAGAAUUCUUUUCGAAAAAAGGAAAUCCUAAAAAUAGUACUUAUUGUAAUGUAUUCACUGUAAAAACUUCAACAGACACAAAAGCCAAAGAACUUUGCAGUACGCUCAUAUAUCAUUUAGAAAAUAUUGGUGAGAAAAAACCACAAAGUGAUAAUUAUUGUAACUAUUUACGUUACUGGUUAUAUGAUGAAAUAGGGAAAAUUCAUACUAAUCAGUCAGACAAGGUUGAAAAAAUACCUUUUUUAAAAAAUCUUAUUGAUGCUUGGUAUAAGAUUAAUAGAGAUAAAUUAAAGUAUGCAUGUUCUUCACCAUAUGUAAAUGGUGUUAGUUUAAAAGAAUUAAAAACUCGGAAACUUUCGUACAUUUAUUUUAAAAAUGAGGAUAACAUUCAGAAGAUUAGUAUGUCCAAAGAUACAGCUGUAUGUAGUAAGUAUUUAACAUAUAUUCAGAGUUUUAGUUCCUUAUACGAUAAGUAUAAGAAGACGGAAUGUGUGCCUGGUAUAUUUUUUUCAGCUGUUGGUUCUCAUCAUUUUCCUUGUAAACAUAAAUAUGAAAUCAAGGCUCUCAUAUCUGCUUUAGAAGACUGCAAAAAAGGAAUACUGCCACGUAAUUUACCUGCAGCAGCUGGUGCAGCGGUAAGUGGUAGAGAUGGAUCACGAACUGCAGCAAGUUCAUUAGGUGGAGGAGGUGCAGGAGGUUCAAGAACUUCACAAACAUUAACAAGUUCGACGGGUUCAGUAGGUUCAAGAAGUUCACAAGCAUUAACAAGUUCGACGAGUUUAGCAAGUUCAAGAGGCCCAACAACCUUAGCAAGUGCAGGAGGUCCAGGGCGUCCAGCAUCUGUAGCAGGGGUAACUAAUGGAGCCGAUCGUCAGGCGCCAUCAUCUUUGCAGCCUAAAGCAAGUUUGAGUGCCACACCAAGUGUUGUCACUGGACAUGGGGGUUUGGGAGCAUCACCUCCCACUUUACAGACAGGCAGCGACACAGGGCAUGUGGAUAUAGCUGGUCUUCCUGGUUCUUCAGAAAGUGCAUCAGAUAAGAUGGACUCAAACUUUUAUCGUAACAUCAUCAUGGCUGCUGCAAUACUUGGAACAAUUUUCUUCCUUUUCUUUUACAACAAGUUUUUUGGAUUAAAAACGAGUUUUCCCAAAAGAAAACGAAAGAAAAAAAUAUUCGAGCAUAACUAUUACGAAGAGUAUGAAAAAGAGUUAGCAAGGUAUGAUUCAGAAAAUGAGUCUUUAGAUUCUCAAUCGGAUCGGUAUUAUUUGAAUUAUCAGCCUGAUGAGGAUUCUUAUUACUAA